AUGUACCCAACGUUACCUCUUUCAAACAUUAUAAACUUCGCGAAAGUAAAACCCGAUCUUCGUAAAAAGGCAUUCGUCGCUUACAAGGACGUGAAACCCCGAAUCAAAUAUUACCCAGGACCAACACGAGUGGUACUUCAUUUACUCGCGGAACAUGGUCCAAUGACAGCGCGUCAGCUUCAUGAAACCUAUUUGCCACAAUACCCACAACUAGGGACGAUGAAUUAUUUUAAGGAAAAUGUUUUGAAGCACUUGCUGGUACAGGAAAAAGUAGUCAAAAAGAAAAUAAUUCCUGAAAAGCCACUGAAACAUUUUCAACCUAAAAAAACUCUUUCACGACCUGAAGCAAUUAUUGAAACGAGAAUAGAUAAAAUUUUGUCUAAUGAGAAUAAUAUUACUACUUCUAUUGAUACUGUAGAACAAAAAGAUCUACUAACCAAACCAACGCAGCAGGAAUCACGACAAAGAAAGAUUGUUGCGGUUAACAAACCCAUCUGGGUGCUAAAAUUAGGCAAAGACAUUAAUCCAUCCAAACAUUUGACUCCAUUAUCAGAAAAUGGAAUAGUUGGUCAAAAGAAAACGGCAAGUAAAAAGAGAAAAGAAAAUAGAAAGAAAAAGCAACCGAUUGAUCCAGUGGUCGAAAUAUACAUGGCAAAAAAAUAUGUGCGAUAA